AUUAUAGGUUGGUUGUAUAUUUAGGUCAGACACAUCUUAACCAGAACUGUUCUAUAUUAACAUCAUUUGUUAGUAAUAUAUUUACCAAUAUCAGUGAUGUUUUGUUAAUAUGAGAUCCGUAUGAAACACUGAAUAUAUAUAUAUAUCUAUGCCAGUCUCUCUCUCUCUCUCUCUCUCUCUCUCUACAUCAGACAUGUUGGUGUUAUAUGGACUUCUUAUGGCUGACUGUUAGUGGAGCUGAUAUUGUUUGUUCUCUUUCUUUCUUUCCCUCUUCUCUUUGAGGGAAACACAGCAUCUUGUGUGUGUGAGGCUGGAGCAAGCAUCACCCAUCCCUCCUCUCUCUCUCUCUCUCUCUCUCUUACACGCAUAUGCACACACACACACUCACUAAACAUCACACAUCCACAAAGGAAGACUGAGAGGGAACUGCUGGUUCCCACUGACUCACCACCAACACUAUUCCAUCAACAUGAAGCCAUUGUCACACCAUAGCAGCAGUGACACAGACAACCAUUAACAACAGAACAUUGGGACCAAGUCACAGUUUAUACAACAAAGGAUUUUACACACAAUGAAGAUCAAUUGACUGGUAUUUAACUCAACAAAUGAAGAUGGUCUUAAUAGCGAUAUGGAUAUUACAGUCUCUGCUUCACUGUUCUGUCUCUAAAGACAUUGUUUACCAUGUGAAAGAAGAGAACAGUCCUGUUAUCAACAUAGGAGACAUUACUGCUGAUUCCCAGUUAAAGGACACUGCAUUAUUAUCGUUCAGUCAGUUGCAACAGAAGGGAACACAGCUGUUUAAUGUGACCACCACUGGGAAGAUAUACACCACACAAACACUGGAUGCUGAGUCUCUGUGUACUUUUGAGAAAGAAUGCUUUCACACAAUUAAGGUAGCCGUUCAUAAAGCAGGUAAAUUUAUAAAGAUAUUGAAAAUUAAGGUGAUUAUAGAAGACAUCAAUGACCAUCAACCAGAGUUUCCUGUGGAAGAAAUUCAAUUAACAUUUGGAGAAGGAGAUGGAAUAGGUAUGAAAAAGUCCAUCCCCAAUGCCAUUGACAAAGAUGUUGGAUUACAGAACAGAUUAGUGAAUUACGAAUUAAAGGGAAAUAAUCAACAGUUUUCUUUGUCCACAUUCAAAAGAGCAGACGGAGUAUCUUUUCUUGAAAUUAUAUUACAAGGGAAGUUAGACAGAGAGACGAAAGACAGCUAUAAUAUAGAAGUGAUUGCUAAGGAUGGAGGAACUCCACCCAAACAGGGUGUCUUAAAUGUGCACAUAACUGUGAAAGAUGAAAAUGAUAACAGACCAAUUUUCUCUGAGAAAACAUACAAUGUCUCUAUACAAAAUAACCAUCAAAGAAAUAUACCAGUUGUUGUAAUGAUGGCAGAAGACUCUGAUAUUGAAGAAAAUGGUAAAGUUUCAUAUUAUAUCAGCCCAACAACGUCAACAGAAUCAAAAGAUAAUUUUAUUAUAAAUGAGAAAACUGGAGAAAUAUUCUUAAACAAAGAAUCACAAUUUGACAAAAUGAAAUCAUUUAAAUUAUAUAUUGAAGCCAGAGAUGGGGGCAACCCUCCUCUCAGUUCCAUAGCAACGGUUAUGGUAAAUGUUAUCAGCCAACACAACAAUGCUCCAAAUAUUGAUGUGAACUUUAUUUCUACACAGAAUCACAACACAGCUACCAUUCUGGAAGACAUCAAAGUUGGUAGUUUCAUUGCUUAUGUGAUGGUCACUGACAAUGAUGUUGGACACAAUGGAGAGGUGAACUGUCAUAUCAAAGACGACACAUUCAAACUACAGUCAAUGGGAUCGAAGGAAUAUAAAAUCGUUCUAAAGAAAGCAGUAGACAGAGAGACACAGGAACAUUAUCACUUUACUGUGUCGUGUGAAGAUAAAGGAUUACCUGCUCUGAAAACUGAUAAAGAUCUGUCAAUCCAAGUGUUGGAUGUGAAUGAUGUAGAACCACACUUUACGAAAGACACAUUCAAGUUCCUUACCUAUGAGAAUGACAAAGCUAAUUUCCCUAUUGGCUUUAUCAAUGCUACAGACCCAGAUAUUGGUAAGGGAGGUGAAUUGUCUUAUUCUCUGAGAAAUAAACAGCAAUAUCGUCUGCCAUUCCAGAUUAUCAACUCUGGCUUUAUUUCAACAAACCAGUCUUUAGACAGAGAACACAGAGAUUUCUAUGAGUUUGAGGUUUUUGUGAAAGACAAUGGAAGCCCAUCUCUGAAUAACACAGUGAAUGUUGAAGUGGAAGUAUUGGAUAGAAAUGAUAAUGCUCCAUAUUUUACAUUUCCUAGUGUUGACCCUUUCACUCUUAAUGUCCACUAUCAUCCGCAAAGUAAGAACGACAUCACAGUUCUGAAAGCAUCUGAUAUAGACAGUCACAUGAAUGCUUUUCUCAGGUACGAAAUCGUUUCAGGUAACGAGAGACAGUUAUUUAAACUGGACUCGUUCACUGGUGUGUUAUCUUACUCUCGCACAGUUUACCAAAAUGAUGCCGGAUCAUAUGAGCUUGAGUUUGUUGUGAAAGACAGUGGUACUCCAGUUCUGUCAGCAACAACUAGUGUGUCUUUGACACUGACUGUUAGUAACAAGACGUCACCAAUGUUCACAGCUGUGCACCUACCAAGUGAUAACACCAUAGAUGCGACAUUGUUGAUUAUCAUUGUAGUAGCAGCUGUGAUAGUAUCUAUAGCUAUUGUGGUUUCUAUAACCCUGUGUAUUGUGAGAUGUAACAAUGUGAGAAAUAGCUCAUCUGAAAGAACAGCAGAAGAGAAACAGGCAUACCAAUGUCGCAAUGAGAUGAGACAGUUGAUCUAUCAAGGUAACAACAGUGUACCUGUGAUGUCAGGUAAUCGAGGAGAGAUGUCAGACAGAUAUGGUCAUUCGAGGAGCCAUUACUAUCCUGAAGACUGGAAGACAUCGACAAUGAACAGGACACUUCAGAAAUCUACACGGCAGAAAUACAGUCAACCGAUUGAGGUGACAUCUUAUGGAGACAACAGACCAUCUUCUAACUAUCCCACUGACACAUUGACCAGUCGUAAGAGCAGUGGACAGUGCUGGAGUGAGCGGUCAAGUAGACAGUAUGAAGAAAUACCAGCAAUGUCAGGGAUCUAUGGUAGCCAACAGGAUACACCAGUGAACCCCGAAAGACAACAGUAUCAAGACAGAUAUGUGAAACCGCCAGAGAGACAGUUACCUUCAACACCAGAUGUCAUUACUAACUGACCACUGGUCAUUUACUAAAUAUUAACCCUUUACAAUAGUAUUUUAAAUAACCACCAACCCCACUCACUCACUCAAACUAGCAUAAAUAUAAUAACUUCUCUCAUUACCUCACAAUUACAAUAUUAUAUUCCAACCUAUGAUAGAAUAUAUGGACACUAACAGUGAAGUCAGCAACAUUUCAAACCACACACACACACACACACACUUAAUGUUUUAUAUACGCUCCUCUUUUCUCUAAUAUUCUCAGUUAGGUGAUUUUUAUAUUUCUCAAAUAUCUCUAAAAUUAAAUUAGAAUAUAUCUAAAAUAUAUUUCUCUAUUUUUUACAACAGUGUUAUUAAAAUCUAAGACUGAGGAAAUUAUAUUUAAAAAUGAUACCAAAAUAAACCUGCCUGAAAAUUAGAAUAUCCCUUCUCUAUUUGUUCCUGCAUCCUCCAUUAUAGGUUGGGUGUAUAUUUAGGUCAGACACAUCUUAACCAGAACUGUUCUAUAUUAACAUCAUUUGUUAGUAAUAUAUUUACCAAUAUCAGUGAUGUUUUGUUAAUAUGAGAUCCGUAUGAAACACUGAAUAUAUAUAUAUAUCUAUGCCAGUCUCUCUCUCUCUCUCUCUCUCUCUCUCUCUCUCUCUACAUCAGACAUGUUGGUGUUAUAUGGACUUCUUAUGGCUGACUGUUAGUGGAGCUGAUAUUGUUUGUUCUCUUUCUUUCUUUCCCUCUUCUCUUUGAGGGAAACACAGCAUCUUGUGUGUGUGAGGCUGGAGCAAGCAUCACCCAUCCCUCCUCUCUCUCUCUCUCUCUUACACGCAUAUGCACACACACACACUCACUAAACAUCACACAUCCACAAAGGAAGACUGAGAGGGAACUGCUGGUUCCCACUGACUCACCACCAACACUAUUCCAUCAACAUGAAGCCAUUGUCACACCAUAGCAGCAGUGACACAGA